AUGGGCAGCGACCUCACCUUCACCAACCCCGUCAUCCGCGGCUUCAACCCGGACCCGACCGUCUGCGUCGUGCCGGCGACGUCGACGACGCCGGCGCAGUACUUCCUCUCAACGUCGACGUUCGAGUUCUUCCCCGGCGCAGCCAUCUACCACUCGACCGACCUGCUCAAUUGGACGCUCAUCGGCCACGCCCUCAACCGGCGCAGCCAGCUGGACAUGCGCACGGUCGAGCCCGGCGCUGGCUCGUGGGCGAGCACGCUGCGCUACCGCCCCCGCGAGAAGCGCUGGUACCUUACCAACGGCGUGUUCCAACGGUACCGGCCGAGCGCCGACGAGCGCAUCUUCCCUCGCGGCUUCUACGUCUGGACCGACGACAUCUUUGACGAGGCCGCCUGGUCCGAGCCCGUGUAUUUCGACAAUCCGGGUUUUGACCAGGACCUGUUCUGGGACGACGACGGCUACGGCGACGGCAAGGUGUACCUAAGCACGACGGUGCGCAUGGCCCGGCGUACGCCGGGGCUCGGGUUGAAAGACUUCGCCAUCCACGUCUCCGAAAUCGAUCUGCCGACGGGCCGGACGCUGACGCCGCCCAAGGUGAUCCGGUCCUCGCCGUUCGGUGUGGCCGAGGGCUCUCAUAUCAUGCGCAAGGGCAGGUACUACUACCUGUUCACAGCCGAGGGCGGUACCGAGGCGGGCCACCAAGAGUGGGUGUUCCGGAGCACCGAGGGGCCGUAUGGUCCGUGGGAGGGCCAGGGCAAGGCCCUGUGGUACAACGGCCCGGAUGAGGAGGUCCAGCGCACGGGGCACUGUGAUAUCUUUGAAGAUGGGCGGGGGCAAUGGUGGGGUGUCCUGCUCGGGGUGCGGCCGGCAAAGAACCGCGAGGGCAAGUGGGCGGAGCCGCAGCUGGGCAGGGAGACGUUCCUGGUCACGGUGGACUGGGUGGACGACUGGCCUGUGUUUAACCGUGGCAAGAACGUUGCGUUGGAGACUGUCGGGCGCGAGCCUGUUGUGCAGGCGCGGACGGCGGGGCCAGACGGUGUUCGCUGGAGAGCUGAUCUGUCUAGGCCUGACCUGGAAUUGGGGUGGUAUCAUAAGAACACGCCAAUCAAGAAGUGCUACUCCUUGACGGAGCGGCCCGGCUAUCUCAGGCUGUAUGGCAACUGCUACGAGCUCACGAGCCCCGAGUCGCCGGCGCUGCUGUUGUGGAAGCAGGCCGGAUACAACGAGACGUUCCGGGCCAAGAUGAACUUUAAGCCCAGCAGGCUCGGUUACGAGUCGGGCGUGACGCUGUGGUGGAACCAGUACUCGUUCGCGUCCAUCGGCGUUGGCAUCGUGGAGCCGUCGGAAGAGGCUGCAGCGGCACAGACAGUUAUCGCGCGGCAGCCAACGGGAAAGAACGGCGAGCUGAAGGUCUCGUAUCCGCUGCUCGACUGCGGGUUGAUAUUCGGCGCCGAUGACGCUGUGCAGCUCACUAUCGACACGACGCCGACCGACUACAAGCUGACGCUGUCGGUUGGCGAAAUUGGCACCAGUGUGUCCUUUGACACCGAGACGCUAACCAUCUACCCACCCGUGGGCGGUGCCUUCGCCGGCGCCAUGUUCGGCAUCUACGCAUGUGGGAAGAGCGAACCAGUUUUAGACCCGGCAGACUUUUGGGACAUUGAGAUUGUCGAGCGGCCCUUUUGA